AUGAAAUAUGUUUCUUUUAUCAUUGGGGCCACUGUUCUACUGCUGGCCACACCAGCCGGCGCUUGGACUAUCACGCCUCCCACACAACAACUCCCGGAUCCAGUACGGACCAGUGCGAUCGCUUUCACUCGACGCGGAUUCUUGAAAUCGUCCGGCUCCAUCGUUGCCGCGGGUAUCCUUCUCGGCACGAGCAACGCUCCACCCGCGUACGCGGUGGACGAAGAUCAGAAUGACAAUAACAGCAAAAACGAAUCAGACCCGAACGACAAAAAGGCUAUGGCGCAAGUAGAAAAAGAGCGUCAACAAGCCGAAAAGGAAGCCCGCCGUCUGGCGGAAGAAACGAAAAAGAGAUUGGCCGUGGGGCGGAUUGGCACCAUUUAA